GCAAUUACUUUUGUGGCGACAAUGUUCAUUUCGUGGAUACAUGAAAAUUCCUCACGCUACGCAAUAACGCAUUGAACAACGUAAAAAUUGUCAACAAAUUUUAUGAAAAUGAUAAACAACAAGAACUGCCACAUAAAAAAUUAAAAUAGUUGCUUAUUUGGUGAAAAGUAAUUUUCAACGUACGUUAAAAUGGCGUUACGUAGAUCUUUAGAAGAGUCCGAUUUGGCAUUAAUUGCUCGAGUAAAGAUGACACCUUCAUUGUACGAUCAACGAAAUCCCGAUUUUCGUCUUGCUUAUCGGAAGGAGCAGGAAUGGGAAACAGUUGGCGCCAUGGUGGGCAUGUCGGCCGUAGAGGCAAGGCGACGUUGGACCUGCUUGCGUGACCGCUAUUCGCGUGAGUUGAAGCAAUUGCGAUUGCAUCCGGAGAAAGAAGAGUAUGUGAAAAAUAGUUUUUUUCGGCAAAUGGAUUUUCUACGCAGAUAUAUUCGAAGGCGAAGAAGUCGGCGACGGAAUGGCUUCAUGGAAUAUGAAAAUAAAGGCGGAGAUGAGCAGAAAUCCAAAAUCGAACAUAUUAUACAGUUGCAGAAUAAAGCAGAAGUAACCGAAGAGGAAGAGGAGGAGGAUUAUUGUUUAGAAAACUAUAACGAUGGGGAGACGAACUCAUAUCCGAGUAAAAUAGAUGAAAACACUUUGGAAUCAGAGGAUUUUCCAGAAUUCGUAGACGUGGAUGCAGGCGAGGUAUAUGAAGAAUGUGUAGAAACACCCGUUUCUGAGAGAAAUAUUAAAAGUCAACCACUCAGCCCCGCCAGCAUCGACGUAAGUGCAAAUCAAUUAAAUUGCACUAUUACGCCUACAGUUUUGCCGCAGCAUAAUCCUAACGGCGCGGUAUAUACGAUAUCAACAAGACAAGCGUACCAACACCAGUCAUCCUCGGCAGAUAUUGCCACUGUGCCGCAACACAAACAAAGCCAGCACUUGCAUACUAAUGCACAACCAUGCUCACAACAAUCGCAGAUUCAGAGCCAGCUCCAUCCCAAUGCAUCUGGGAAUGUACGAGUUGUAGAAACUGAAGAUGAUCUUUUUGGCAAAUCGAUAGCCGUAUACCUAAAGCAAUUGUCUCGUCGCCACAAGAUUAAGGCUCAAGUAGAAAUGUUUCAAAUACUUGAAAAGUAUAUAGAAUUGGAAGAAAGUGCUAAUGUGGCAACAUCGAACAAAAUUAAUUGGAAUAACCAUUUGAAUAAAUAAUUUGCCUUUUUCGGUUGAUUGAGGAAAUUUGAAAUAUAUACAGAUGUAAAUACGUUUGCAAUGAAGUUUUUAAAAUACCGUGCACGCGCGGUACCUAAAUGAUGUUUUAAGGCAAGUUAUUGCAUUCUAUACACCUUUUUGUUGUAGUUAAUGUAAUUAUAGAAUUAAGUAAAAACGUAAGCAUAGUUUAAGGUAAAUAAAAUAUUAUGUGAGUAGAACUUGCCUCUAUCUGUUCCAAUGUCUAUUAGUUGUUAUUGUGUCGAGCGAAAGUAUUGCCGGACUAAUACUUCCCAUUCCACGUAUUGUUACCAAACUUUAUUGGAAGUAUUUUGUAAAAUAAUUUUCAAAAAUUCUAUCAUAGAGCUCUGGGGGUAUACUCUGUUACGUUCUAAUAUUUUAUUAAAAAUGAAAAUAAAAAAUAAGUGAAAGAACCUUAA